GAAAGGAAACCAAAACAAAGAAAGAAAAACCAAAAAGGAUGUUGAUUUCCUCUCAAGACAAAACAAAAAAAUUGUAGUACUUCUCAGAAUAAUAUCAAACCCUUCAAAACCCUAACUGAAUAUUAUCCAAUCCAACACAACAACAAGAGAGUUUCAGAGAAUCGAUAAUAAUGGCAGAUAAGAACAGAGUAAUAAUAGCAUCAGGAGCAACACGUCCAACAAUUACCUUACCACCACGUUCAACACUAGAGAAUUUGUUUGCUGGUAAUAAUGGAGGAAAUGGAAGUGGAACAAGUCCUGGUCCUAUGACACUUGUUGCAAAUUUCUUUUCUACAGAUAAUGAUCCAGCACAAUCAUUUUCGCAACUGCUUGCUGGUGCUAUGGGUUCACCUAUUUCUGCUUGGAAACAACAAAAUCCAUUCUUUGAAGAUAUGGGUCAUUUUGAUCAACAUGGAGGAAGUGGCGGUGUUAGAGAUUCUAGAAUUAAACAAAAUCAUUCGUUGAAUUUAAUGAUUUCUCAACCUCCUAUGUUUACUGUUCCUGUUGGGUUAAGUCCAACUAGCUUGUUUGAUUCUCCUAGAAUGUUUCUUCCUAAUCAGAGUACCAUUGGGAUCUCCCACCAACAAGCCCUAGCGCAAGUUACAGCUCAAGCUGUUCAUUCCCAAUCAAUUAUGCACAGCCAAGCUGAGUAUCCGUCUUCUCUAUCAGCAUAUUCUACAUUAGCACUACAUCAACCUUAUACUUCAAAUACUACUGCAACCCAAUUCAUUCAGCCGUUUACAUCCAACUCUAAAAGAAUGACAGAAUAUUCAGAGCCCCAUCACUCUGACACUAGAUUUCAACAUCUUCCCCCUGCUGUUGAUAAGCCAGCCGAUGAUGGCUACAACUGGCGGAAAUACGGGCAGAAGCAAGUGAAAGGCAGUGAAUAUCCUAGAAGCUACUACAAGUGUACCAGUACAAAUUGUCCUGUAAAGAAAAAGGUGGAGCGCUCUCUCGAUGGGCAUGUCACUGAGAUUAUCUAUACAGGGAAGCACACCCAUCAAAAACCAAAAACUAGUAGGCGUGCAAAAGAAGUUGCAAAUUCUGAAGGGAAUAUGAAUUUCAUACAGUCCGAGUAUGGGGAUUUAUCCAAAUCAUAUGAUCAUGAAUCUUCACAAGCAACACAUGAACAGUUAUCUGGAUUGAGUGAUGAUGGGGAAAAUGGUGAUGGAGCUGAAAUGAGAUCUGACGAGGAAGAUGAUGAUAUACCUGAGCCAAAAAGACAAAACACCGGGUCCAGGGUAUCGGAACCGUCAUCAUCACAUAAGAUAGGGUCGAGGAUUAUUGUGCAGACAACAAGUGAAGUUGAUCUUUUGGACGAUGGCUUUAGGUGGCGCAAGUAUGGGCAAAAAGUUGUCAAAGGAAAUCCUCAUCCAAGGAGCUACUACAAAUGCACAGCUUCUGGGUGUAAUGUGCGCAAGCAUGUUGAAAGAGCUUCAGCAGACCCUAAAGCUGUCAUUACAACAUAUGAGGGGAAACAUAAUCAUGAUGUGCCAGCACCUAAGAACAGUAGCCAUAACACAACAAACAGUCAUAUGGGGCAGUUAAAACAACCAUAUGCCUUAGCAGAACAGUUAAAAAAAGAACAGCAUACCAAUUAGGUUGUGCAUUCAUAACAGGAAAUUGGGGUUUGAAAGGCAGUUGAAAACAUGAAAAUGUUCAACAAAACAGGUAGACGUUUUUAAUUUCCCUUUCUGCUAAACUUUUGUCCAGUGACGCUAAGUUUGUGGCUUUAAUUUGUGAUGACCAUUCGGAAUUGACGAAAAAAAAAGAGGACGAAAACUGAUAAUGCUAGCUUAAGAAACCUGUCAAGAUUGGCAGUAACAUUUGUGACUUGUAACUAGUUCAUUGCACGCAUUAUGUUUGAUGUUUCUGACGACUAAUACACUACACAAUACAUAUACAAGUACAAAAUUGUUUUGUAUAUUCUUUUUUCUUGUAAACACUGAUAAUGAUAUUGUGAUAUUUUUCUC